AUGUUUGGUGAUGGUACCCAUUACAAGCUGGAAAAUACCGUCAAGAGAGCAGUCACCCAUUACACCAAAUUAAUCGAUGCCAAUUACCACAAGCUUAACUUCACGAUCGCUAAUUCAAUCUCCCAAGGAGCCACUGUCGAUUGCUCUGCAUUAACGCGUAAAUUUAAAUCUGAUUGGAAUCUUAAUCCUUGCAACUACGUGCCACCACUCUAUACUGUUGUUCAUCAACACGCAACUACUUUAAAUAAUAUAUUAGGAAUAAGUACGAAACAUCCAUUCGGUUUGGAAGUGAUUCAUAUAAAUGGUCAAUUAAUUGUUGGUCAAUAUCCUCCCAUAUCUCACAGAUCACCUCCAUCAUAUCCGCGCCAGGGUGACUGUACAUGUGAUUCUUUACUUUCUUUUUAA